GUUGGUACAUCACAUGAUAUUCUAUUCAGUGUUAGUUCUACAAAACUAUACAAAGCUACAGUGGCUGGUCAUGGGCUGUGGUUUUUUUUUAAGCUGUUGUUAACAGCUACUACAUGUCAGGACUGCUCAUUGUAAUGUCUACGUCCACCAUGUUGUUUUUACUGAUAGCGAAAGAACUUAUUUCCUCCUCGGCUAUGUAGCCAGGGAGCCAGUCGGCAAUCGGGACGCGUCACUAACUUCCGACAAAAACCUUGGAAACGUUCGUUAACGUCUCGGAAACAGUCGUCGGAACAGUCUGUCAGAUUUCCGGAGCAAAGCUGGACAGACAGCUGGCUCUGAAAUUACCCAGAGCGCUCUAUGAAGUUGUGAAGCUUGUGCAGAGGCAGCUUUCACUAUGACAGAGCGGACUCCUCUUCUCCACUACCGCCUCUCCACCAGCGUCAAUGAAUCCGAGCCGCGGCCACCUCCGGCCGGGCAGGCACCGGAGCAGCACCCGGGCAGCCCCAGGCAGAGGUCUACGCAGCAGCGGCAACCCAAGAAACUCUCCAUCUUCUUCGGUGUGGUCAUCCCCACCUUGCUGUCAAUGUUCAGCGUGGUAGUGUUCCUCAGAAUAGGCUUCGUGGUGGGACAGUCUGGACUUUACCAAGCUAUUGCCAUGUUCCUGGUGGCCUACUUCAUCAUCUGCAUGACCGUGCUGUCAGUCUGUGCCAUCUCCACCAAUGGAGCCCUGGAUGCCGGGGGAGCCUAUUACAUGAUAAGUCGAGCGUUGGGGCCAGAAUUUGGUGGCAGCAUCGGCAUCAUGUUCUUCUUUGCCAAUGUGUGUGGCUGCGCUCUCUUUGUGCUGGGUCUGGUUGAAGCCAUUGUGGCCACCUUUGGAGUGCCAGAAGAUGGGACUGCAGCCACCACUGCCUACCAGGUCCUGCCGUCAGGCUACUGGUGGUCUCUUCUUUAUGGCACAGGCGUCGCCCUUCUGUGCCUGCUGGUCUGCCUGGUGGGCGCCCACAUCUACGCAAAGGCCACCUUCCUCAUCUUCCUGGUGGUCAUGUUUGUCCUGGGCACCAUCUUCGUCAGCUUCUUUGCCGUACCCCCUCGUACCGUCGUCCUGCCCAGCAGUGCCAACCCGACAGCCAACGGAACGGGCCCGGUGUUUCCCACCACAGCCAACUUCACCGGCUUCAAGUUGGACACGCUGCUCGGGAACCUGUGGGCUGACUACACCGUGGAUUACACAACAGGAACUACGAUGACCUUUGCCACUGUUUUCGCUGUUAUGUUUAAUGGCUGCACUGGCAUCAUGGCUGGUUCCAACAUGUCAGGUGAACUGAAGAAUCCCAGCUAUUCCAUCCCCCGUGGCACCAUCACGGCCGUCAUCUUCACCUUCAUCAUCUACAAUCUGCUUUGCGUACUGGUGGCCUGCUCAUGUGACCGUGUCCUGCUUCAGAGGGAUUACAGUUUCCUAAGAGACAUCAACAUCUGGCACCCCUUUGUCACCAUCGGGGUUUAUUCCUCCACUCUAUCCGCUGCUAUGAGCAACCUCAUCGGAGCCUCACGCAUCCUCUACGCCCUGGCCAGGGACGACUUGUUUGGUAAGGUGCUAUCUCCGGCAAAGAAGACGUCCCACAGUGGUAACCCCUGGGUAUCAGUGCUCAUCUCCUGGUUCCUUGUGCAGCUGGUGCUGUUUUCUGGGAAGCUCAACACCAUCGCCAGUAUUGUGACCAUUUUCUUCCUGUUGGUGUAUGCUGCUGUGGACCUGGCAUGCUUAGCUCUGGAAUGGGCCUCUGCACCUAAUUUCAGGCCCACCUUUCGUUACUUCACCUGGCAUACGUGCGUGUUGGGCAUCGUGGGUUGCGCCGUCAUGAUGUUCCUGAUCAACGCCAUCUACGCCUCAGCCAGCAUUGCCUUCAUGCUGCUGCUGCUUCUGCUGAUUCACUACCUCAGUCCCACCUCCAGCUGGGGCUACAUCAGCCAGGCUCUUAUUUUCCACCAGGUGCGUAAGUACCUGCUGAUGCUGGACGUGAGGAAGGACCACGUCAAGUUUUGGAGGCCUCAAGUCCUGCUGAUGGUUUCCAACCCUCGCAGCAGCGUGGGCCUCAUCACCUUCAUCAACGACAUCAAGAAAAGCGGCCUCUACGUGCUGGGACACGUCCAGCUAGGAGAUCUCAACACCUUACCAUCCGACCCUCUGCAGUCCCAAUACGACUCCUGGUUGUCCCUGGUGGACCAUCUGAACAUCAAAGCUUUUGUCAACUUGACGUUGGCUGAUUCUGUGCGUCAUGGGAUCCAACAUCUCCUCUUCAUCUCUGGACUAGGUGGGAUGCGUCCUAACACCCUUGUCCUCGGUUUCUAUGACGACUGUCUCCCAAAUGACAAGCUGAUUGAUCCGUCGCUGUCUACCAUCCAGUGCACCGAUCCCUUGGGCCCCUUGCAGGAGCUUGAGCAGCAACCCCCCCUUUUCCACUUUUCCUCCCUGCGGGGGUCCAGCGACAGACAAGAUUAUGGUGAAUUUGGAGACGGGAAGGUUCUAGGACCCCAGGAGUAUGUAGCGAUCAUUGCCGACGCCAUGAAGAUGCUGAAGAACGUGGCGCUUGCCCGAUAUUUUAACAACUUUGACCGAGCCCAGGUCCUCUCCCCGCCCUCCUCCUCUCCAGGGAAGGGAGCUGUGUACGUUGACGUCUGGCCGGUGAACCUCCUGCGUCCCGACAGCAGUAGCUACGUCGAUACCUGCUCUCUGUUCCUGCUACAGCUAGCGUGUAUCCUGAACAUGGUGAGAGCCUGGCGCAAAGCUACGCUCCGUCUCUUCCUGUGCGUGGAGCAGGGACGAAGCGUGAGAGGCUCGGAGGAGAAGCUGGGUCAGCUGUUGAAAGAGUUGAGAAUUAAAGCUCAGGUCUACCCCGUGCCCUGGGACCAGCAGGUGGCGCUACACUGGCAGCGCCAAGGCGAGUGGGGCAAGAAGCAGCAGUCGCAGUCCCCUGAUACCACUGAAGAAGAGAAGAAGCAGAAAGCAGAGAUGGAAGAGGAGAACGAAGACGAUUACGUUAAUAGCUUCCCGAGCAACGCUACUCGCCUGUCCGAUGACUACCUGUCAGCUGUCAAUAAGCUGAUCCUGGACACGGCCCAGCCCGCCCCUGCUGUGCGUUUCCUGUAUUUGCCCCGACCCCCAGCUGACACCCGCCGCUACACCACCUACUUACACCAGCUGGAGCUAUUGACCCAAGACCUGGGCCCCACGCUGCUCAUCCACGGCGUCACGCCUGUCAUCACCACUGACCUUUGAGCGAUCCCCCUCCCUCAGCUGCUGAGGGCUGGUGAGUUGAGCAGUGUCCCCACCAGCUGCUGAUGUUCUCUCUGAAGGUGUGUUGACCACUUUUAGUGCAGCAUCACUGCAGAGCUCCGCAGUGCCUCUGUACUGACCUCUCCACCCAACGACAGACUGGGGAAAAGUAAACUGCCUUGAAAUUUGACCCAGACAGGGACGCCACUGCUGACUCAUUGAUACCAUCUGCACUGCCUCGCAAAAUUAACGUAGAACACACAGUCUCUAGAGAUACAGCCUAUUUUUAAAUAUUUAAAAUGAGGACUGGAUAAUAUACUGGGCCACUUUGAUUCCAAAAAUCCUGACUGUCUACAUGUUUAACCCUUCUUUAUUUUUAAUGUUUUUUUCCACUUGUAUUUCUGGUAUUCCCAUCAAACUUCUGAAGGCACCGUGAUGUUAAUCUUUUAGGUCAACCUUGUUGCAAUUUAAGCAAUCAGAAACAAUCAGACUGUGAUUAAAUGAACCAAAGUGAACUUUUCAGACAAAUGUACAACCUGCCAAGCAGGAGAGUUAAAAGCAGUAUAAAGUAGAAUAGGAUAUUAUUUUUUAAUCCAUUUGUACCCAUGUUACAAUGCUCACCAAUGGUCAGCAAGCUGACAGACCCACAGGGGAUCAUUUAUAUUUCCAGCGCACCUCCAUCACUCACCAGCUACUUCUUCAUCCACACAGUAGAGAGAGUGCUCUAUUUCCUGAUACAUUCUAACCUGAAUUGGCAGUGUUCCCUGACUCCCCUUUCUUGAAAUACUUUCUUGGUGUGCUGCUGCUCAGAUUCCUUCAAAUGAUCAUUCCAUAUGCCUUCAGAUCAAAAAGUGCCUUGCCUGUUAGGGAGCAAAAGUUUGGACUCAUUCCAUCACGGACAGAAAGUUGGACUGCAUUACACCUUGAGCAGUCAUUUGCAGGAAAUCUGCUUUUCCAUUUUAGCAGCUUAAACAAAGGAAACAGUUGAACACAAACGUCUACGGUGCUACUACGGAAGUCUUCAAAGUUUUAUUCCAAAAGUGAUUUUAUGUGGGAUCUCAGGAAGACAUUCCUCCUUUUUUCCAAAUGCACUUUUGUUCUUCUUCUGCCAAACUGCAUGUUGUGCAGCUCCUUAAACAUGUUUACAGCGCCAAUACCUACUGUGAUUACCCACCAUAUUUUAUUGAUUGUUUUUAUGUAUUUUAGGUACUCUGUAACUUUUAGAAUUGUUUUUACUCACUAGUGACCAAACUGCUUGACCAGACUCAACACUGAUGUGCCUACAGUAAAUUAAUUUUAAUAUUAGCUCAACUCUACAGCCUCAGCUUUUACUUUAAGCAUUUGUAAUGUUUCAAGUGAACUUUCGCUGAACAGUGGCCACAAAUGGCAUUUACUGGAAACUGGUAAAUACUAAAACAUAGUGUACCAGUAGCACAAGAACAGACCCUGAGUGUACUGACUUUAGAAAGGUACUUUUUAUUGCUUAUACAUUGAACCUGUCAUUUUUAAGAGAGGAAAUUGAUAUUUCUUCCAUCAAAAGUUACAUAAGCAUCACCGUAUUACAGUGUUGUACUUCCCUGACAUCAGUGUCAGUUGCAGGUUUGUUGUAAAAGAAAUAAUCUAAAGGGUUGGCAUCCUUGAAGUUUAAAUAUCUGAAGCACAAAUAGAUUCUUUGAGUUUAAAAGACUUGUCCUGACAAUCUUCAUCACACUGACUUUGACACAAAUGUGAGGUUCAGAUCCAUAUUUGAAGACAGACUGGUACUUGGAUUUGGACUAAUCUCGAUCUCCCUGUGUUUGAAAUGAGAGAUAUGUUUACUUGUAGACCAACUGGAUCCUAUUUCCACAGAUGGGUUCUUGUUUGGACACUACAUUCCUCAACAAACCAUUGUCACUACAUUACUUCAAAUCUUUGGCUCUUGAACUCACAGGAGUGCAAAAAAACCAGCCAGCACCUGCAGGACACACUCGUUUACUGCAGAGAUGAAAUGUUCAGUGAUUGAUUUUCUGUUUAAAUCUAAAAAUAUAUAUGUAUACUUUACAAGAUGUAAACUGAAAUUACAUAAAAAAGAAGUUUGUUUUA